CCGGCGAAUCCGACGUCGGGAGCGGUCCGGUGUCCUAAUUUGGAGCGCGCGGAUAGACGUGAGGCAGAGAUAGAGCGAGGAGAUUGGACCUUGAGGGGAUUGAGACGAUUGUGUAAUCAAGCGCCGCGAACGAGAGCUGCAGAGACGAUUUCAAAUCCACCUCGGGGAUGGGGAGUUUUGGUUCUUUUCCGUUUUGGGUCUUUUUGGGUGGGCGAUGGAGGGUUGCUGGUUGCCGAGCCACAAGUGCAAAGGGUCCAGAUCCACUGCUGGGUGUGAAGCACGUGGUAUUGUGUGAAGCAUUGCAUGGAAUCAUGUUAUAUUCAUCAGCAACCUAUCGAAUCAUUCCAUGUCCCCUGGAAUCCUUGAAUGUUGGGCGCCCGCAAGCUCCCAAAAGCCCGAGUGCGGCGACCGCGAGCGAGGCAACCUCGCCAUCGCCGCCGAAGGUGCUUGCAACUAAUAUUCAACGAUUGAAAUUUCCCAGGGAUGGGAAAAAAAUACAUGCUGUGAUAUUUUAUUGAAAAUCGGAAUGAGGAGACAGUAAAAAACAUUUAUUUGCAAUAUGUACUUUGUCCUUGCCGUUGGUCUCAUCUGUGGAGGAUCAAAAGUCACAUGGAUGGUGGCCGAUGAUGUGUGUACGGAAUAUUUGCACUCAGUGCACAUGAUGUUUUCCCGGCUGUAAGACCAAC